AACUUGUAACCUUAAACCUGUCACCUGUGUUAUGUGUUAACUGUUAAGUUUGUAAUGUGUAUUCAAGUACAAAAACCGAGAAUUUCAAACUUUCUAAGCGAUUUGUAAUUUAUAUUUAAAUUAAAUUAGAGUUACAAAAGUGUGCCUAAUCACUUUUUAUAAAGUAAGCACUUUUGUUAAUGUCUGUAUCAGUGUUCCUCCAAUUUUUUUAUAUAAAUUUCUAAAUGAUAUAACUUGCAUGUGGCUAGUUAAAUACAAGAAAUGCCCUAAUUUUGUUGGGGACAAAUCUGAUCAGAUUCCUUCAGUUACUUCCUUCAUGUGUGCCGGUAGAAAUUUUAUGGUAAGAGAGUGAAUCAAGACUUAAUUCUAAUUAUGACUCUUGUACUAAAUAAAAGGAUUUGAUUUUGUCAUACAGGUUGGUUAGGGGGUUUGUAAAAUUACAAGAGAACAAUAACCUAUAAAAAUACGAAGCUAAGACAUUAAAAAUGGCUGAAGAAAAGGUUCAAAUGCGAAAGCAACUAGGUUUGCUUGAGGGAGUGGCCAUUAUUUUGGGAAUUAUUUUUGGAAGUGGAAUAUUUAUAUCUCCCAAAGAAGUUUUAGAAAAAACUGGUUCUGUUUGGGGUGCUUUGACAGUGUGGGCAGCGUGUGGUGUACUUGCAACUCUUGGUGCUAUGUCUUACGCCGAAUUAGGUACGGCUCUUGCUCAGAGUGGUGGUGAUUAUCACUAUAUCAAUGAAGCUUUUGGACCAUUACCAGCUUUUUUAUAUUUGUGGGAUGCUAAUAUUGUCUUUGUGCCUAGUACCAAUGCCAUCAUGUCGGUAACAUUUGCUAACAAUCUUCUGGAACCUAUAUUUCCCAAUUGCCCAAUUGAUCCACUUUGUCAAAAAUUAAUAGCAGCAGUUACCAUAUGUUUACUAACAUUUAUCAAUGCAUAUGAUGUAAAAUUCACAACUCGUAUCCAAAAUGUAUUUAUGUUUACAAAAAUUGCGGCACUUUUCAUAAUUAUCCUUGGAGGAAUAGCGUGGAUGUGUCAAGGUAGAUUAGAACAUUUUGAAGAUGGCUGGGCAGGUACAAAAACCUCUGUUAGUGAUUGGUCUGUUGCAUUCUACUCAGGAAUAUUCUCAUAUUCUGGCUGGAAUUACCUUAACUUUAUGACAGAAGAACUCCGAGACCCAUUUGUGAAUCUACCAAGGGCCAUCUACAUAUCUUUACCGCUUGUUACUGGAAUAUACCUUUUGGCCAAUAUAUCUUACUUUGCUGUUUUGGGACCGGUCGGAGUUAGGGCAACAGAGGCCAUUGCUGUUGAUUUCGCAGUAGUGGCUUUGGGGUGGCUAAAAUGGGCAAUGCCGACAUUGGUGGCUAUUGCUAUCCUCGGUGGCCUUUCCGUACAUAUCAUGACGUCAUCACGGAUGUGCUUCGCGGGAGCAAGAAAUGGGCAUAUGCCAGAGCUUUUGGCGCAUAUAAAUGUUAAAUGUAUGUCACCUAUGCCUUCACUCGUGUUUUUGAUGUUAAUAUCGCUAAUAAUGUUAAUACCGAGCAACCUGACGUCGCUUAUUACAUAUUGUACAGUCGUCGAGUCGUUCUUUACACUAUUGAGUUGUAGCGCAGUCCUCUGGCUUAGGUACAAGAGACCGGAGUUAGUCAGGCCUAUAAAGGUAUCUCUUUGGAUGCCGAUCAUAUUCGUAGCAGUCCUCCUAGUUUUGAUGAUAGUUCCUGUUGUGAGUGAGCCGGUUGCUGUAAUAGCUGGCGCUUUAAUCACGCUAGCUGGUGUACCUGUUUACUUUGUCCUUGUCCGUGGUCAACCCAAGUACUUGUCUAAUGUUUCUGUGAAAUUUACGCAUGUCUGUCAGAAAUUAUUCCUGACGGCAGUUGAAGACAAGGAUGAGUAAGGUGCCUUACGCUUAGCGUUACAUGUAGCAGUAUAUACGGAAUUGAAAUUUUCGAUCGAAUUGUUUUUAUUAUAUAAUAGUCAUAAGAGGUGUUCACUAAAGAUCUAAUAUUUAUUCAUUAAUUUAGAAUUGAAGAUUAAUCUUCACACAAAAAGAAGGGAAUUUUUUAUUAGAGACGGAGAAUUUUUUGUCCGAAAACACAUUUGUAAUAAUACAAAAAAUAUAGUAUUGUUAAAUACACAACUCAAGUUUUGUAACCUCUUGGUUCUGCUCUUGCGCAAGAAAACAAACAAAACACGAUAUAAAGACUCAGCCCACGGGCACAAACGGGUACGUAUUGAUAAUAAUCAUUGUUAAUAAAAUAUCUCUUAAGUAUUAAAUGGAAUCUCGAUUUUUACAAUUAUGUUAUAUCUAGCACAAUCGCAUCCAACAUAUGCUCAAAGUUUUUUAAAGGUGUUAAAAAUCCUCACAGGACAAUAAAAUGUCACCCGUGUAUAGUACAUAAGAAUUUAUCAGGCUUAGCGGUGAAGAAAGUUGUCUUAGUCAUAACUUAUCACAAUUUAUCCAGUGCCUUACAGGAUAGGAACUUUUUUUAUCCAAAAUUGCAGUAACAAAUUCAAGUUUUAAUUAUUAAUAGCUUAUACAGUUUAGUUUUGAUACGCGUUCAUUACAAUCGCGACGCGUCAAUAAUAUUUCAACUUCUGUCAAUUGUCAGCCGAAUCUUAGCCGUUAAAUUCCAAUGAUCAAUUCGCUGGCACGGCGACCGAAAGUGAGUGUUGGUCUUCGAAACUAGAGGCCACCUGAUGAUGAAAGAGUAAAAUUAUCUAAAUAACAGUGCAACACAGAUAUUAAAUUUCCCGAAAAGAUAACGAUUGAUUUAAUUUAAAUUUAGAGUAUGACUUUUUUAACUGAUUUGGAUUUUGAUUGGGUUUAUGGUAAAAAUUUUAAUCUGUACUUGAGUAACCGUUAACAUAGCAGAGCUUUAUAUACUUAAGGAAUUUCGUUAGUUAAAGGAUAAAACAUUUAUUAAAAAUAAACAAACUAUAAUGAUAAUAUUAUUUUGUGUGAUUAUUUUAUGUAUCUGCUUUGCUUCGAUAUAACUUUUUUACUUACUUUUGGACUAAUGUGACAGUUGUGGCACUAUGGAAUUUACAAAUAUAAAAUUUCAUCGAACUAAUGAGAGUACAAAUUAUGUUACUCAAGUAUGAUCACAGAUUUAAGCCGAAGUCUGAGGCUAUAAAUUAUUUUAUGAUUUAUGAAACUUAAUGUAUGUUUUAGAUAUGUAGCAUUUAGAUUUUUAUUUAUUGCCAUUGUUGCUGUUUUCGUAACAAAAAUGUGCCAAAUUUGUUGCUUUUUUAUAUAAAUUAUACGAAAUAAAGCUGGA